AUGGUUAAAUUGGCGCGCGGUAGCCUAUCGGAUCCGGCCCUUGCUUACCAAAGCAUUGGAUCGGAUUCGAGUCCGGCGUACACCAAUGAAUAUUUUCAAUAUUUAAGUGUAUUAUUCUGCUCAGCCCAAGAAAUAAAACGAGUUCCAAUCUCAAAAAGUUUACCCCCUAUAGUAGUCGCUCAUGACCUUAGAAUUAUGGACUGUUUUAGUGUUGUCUUUAAUUAA